CCACAGCCACUGUAGCAGCGAUCACAUGACCACCGAGGCGCACGCUGAUGACAUCAUCAACACAACAACAGCUACAAGGCAGAAUUAACACAAAUUCCCUACCAGGAACCCUGCAGUGAGUGAGACCAGGGGCCAGCUUCCAGCAUGGGGGAAAGAAAAGGAACCAACAAAUAUUAUCCACCAGAUUUUGACCCUGCCAAGCAUGGAUCUCUUAAUGGAUAUAGGAACAGUCACCCGUUGCGGGAAAGAGCUAGGAAACUUUCCCAAGGCAUUCUCAUUAUCAGGUUUGAGAUGCCCUAUAACAUCUGGUGUGAUGGCUGCAAAAAUCACAUAGGAAUGGGUGUGCGAUAUAAUGCAGAGAAGAAAAAAGUGGGGAAUUACUACACAACGCCGAUUUACAGAUUCAGAAUGAAGUGUCACUUGUGCGUGAAUUACAUUGAAAUGCAGACAGAUCCAGCAAACUGUGAUUAUGUCAUUGUCAGUGGUGCACAAAGGAAGGAGGAACGCUGGGACAUGAGUGAAAAUGAGCAAAUCCUCACAACAGAGCAUGAGCAAAAACAGCGACUGGAAACGGACUCUAUGUUCCGCCUGGAACAUGGAGUUGCAGACAAAGAAAAGCUACAAAAAGCAGCCCCCUCGUUGUUUGAGCUGCAGGAAGCCCAGAGUGCGUGGAAGGACGACUUCGCCAUAAACAGUCUGCUGCGCAGCAAGUUCAGGGAGGAAAAGAAACAGAUAAAGGAUGAGGAGGACCGAGACCAAGCAUUGCUCAGGAAAGCAUCUCUGGAUUUAAAGCUAUUACCUGAGACAGAAGACGACAGAAAAUUGGCCUCUUUACUUAAAUAUCGCAGUGUGGAGUCCUAUGAAGAGAGACAGAAAAAGAAGAGGUCAGAAAUUGCCAGACGCUCCUGGUUUGCCCAAUCAAUGGACAUCAAGCAACAGACAGCAGGAAGUGCCUUAAAGAAAUUAGGAAUCCGGCCGAAACCUCCAUCAAGUCCACCUACCACUCCUCUCGCUCUUGUUGUUGUGCGCCGAGGAUCAAAAGGGGAAAAUAAGUGUGAGGCGAAUGGGCCAAAACCAGAAACAAAAAGCAAAAUAGAAGGUGUUGAGGAAGACUGCCAAGAGCAGCAGUGCAAGACAGAGUGGAAGGAAAUAGAGACUGUGUAUGAGGCCGAGCAGGAGAAUAAGGACCUACCACACACAGAGUGCAAGCCUGUAACAGUCGAGAUUGUUAAUACAGCAUCCACUUCCCAGGAGCAGAUACCCCCUGCAACCCCGGCCUGCACGUCUUGUCUUGUGCCUGCCUAUUCCGACUCUAGCUCUGAAACAGAAGAGUAGUAACCUAGAGAAGGACAACACAAAUAUGGGACAGUGACCUCAAAAGACUGUAUUCUUAAUAAAAGAAAAACAAUGAAGCACUGAUGAGAAAAAUAAUAAACAUUCAUGUACAGUAAAGAAGUGUUUAUGCUUGUACAUCAAAUAAAUCAUUAGGUAUACGAGCUUAUUUGUAAAUAUUGGACAGUUAUGGUUAUGAAUUGCGUCAGAAGGGUUACACACAAAAUCUUCCCAGCCCACUUCUCAGCUUACCAUUAAACAAACUGAUAUCCCUGCGAAUGAUUAUAAUAAAGAGGACUUGCUAAAUGAGC